CUGGAUUUAAGAACACCUAGGGUCUUCCGUCGUGACAGCUGCUUCUGCUGAAAGCUCAGCCUGGUUGUCUUUGUCAUACGGUGACUUCAUGAACGAACCCCUCCCUGUCUUGCCAUUCAGUCCGAUGCGGUGUUCAUAGUGUGAGGUAUGGACUAAAAGAUGCGAAAGCGCCGUGCUACUUCUUUAUUAGGAGGUGGAGGACACCUGAAGCGCAAGGCUGCCAUCACAGCUUUCAGAACAUCCAUGUGAAGAAGAGCGUUUUGCCUCAGCUGUUAGAGCCUGUCAGCAGAUCCCAACACAACAUGAUGAGACCAGUUCAUCCACCAGUAUCUGUAGCGAGUGGAGUGUGAGGUCCAGCAGCCACUAUGCCAUGUGUGUAAAGGACCAGUGGUGGUGUUGUGGCCCCAGGCGGGAUGCUGCUGGAAGCCGGUCAGUAUGACUCUGCUGGACUUGUGGCUGUCACGCUCCAUCCCCAUGUGCCUGCUCCUCCAGAGCCUUGUCCUCAUGGCCCUGUGCUUCCCCUCGGCCAGCAUGUGUCCAAAGGGCUGCAGCUGUCUACGCGACCCCCACCUCCACGGUCUGAAUGUCACCUGCAGUCAGUCCCGCCUCAAAGAGAUUCCCCCCAACCUCCCAGUCGAUACUGUCCUCCUGAGGCUGGACCACAAUCAAAUAGGUGCUGUGCCCGACCAAGCCUUCCGUGGACUCCGGCUUUUGAGGGAGCUGAACCUCUCUUAUAAUGCAGUGGAAACUUUAGGGGAAGGUUCCUUUAGUGGCAUCGAGGGGACAUUACAGGUGCUGGACCUUUCCCACAACCGCAUCACUAGCGUUCACAGGGAUGCUUUUGCCCGACUGAAGGCCCGCAUCAUUGUAGAUGACAAUCCCUGGCACUGCGAUUGCGCCCUCCAGCAGGCCAUUGGAGGAAUGGCUCACAACCAUGAAGCCGCAGCCAGGGUCCUCUGCAGGAGCUCCGAACUACUCGAUCAGGAGGGUCGACCUUUCCUGGCAGUUGACACUGACCUGUGUAACCUGGCAAAAAGGACCACAGACUAUGCCAUGCUGGUCACCAUGUUUGGUUGGUUUGCAAUGGUUAUAUCAUAUGUGGUGUAUUAUGUUCGUCAGAACCAGGAGGAUGCCCGGCGUCACCUGGAGUACCUCAAGUCUCUCCCCAGUAAGCCCAAGAAACCUGAUGAUGCUGAUGACAUCAGCACUGUUGUCUGACAGCAGCAUCACAAUGGCUCUCCAUCACAGACUCAAUGAAAUGUUUACGCAUCAGGACCCACAUUUAUAGUGUUUACUACUCCUAACUUCAGUCUCUGUGAGCAUCAGAAGGGUUUGUACUUUGGAACUUUUCUCAUAUAUCUUUACCAGGCUGAGUUUAUGUUCAAAGUGAAAUCAGACAAGAAAUGAAACAACACCCACACUACAACAUUUUGAAAAAUGUAAUCUCAGGUUGAAAUAUUACCACGGUAAUGGCUUUUUAGGUAAUGAUUGGGAAUAUGUGGAAAUAUAUAUAUAUAUAGUUAGUUUUAAGACAAGAUAUGAUAUACACCUUUAAUCAAAAGCCCCUAUUUUUCAGUGUCUACCUGCUGAAAAGUGUCAUCGUCUCUGAAACUAUAACUUGGAAGCAGAGCACAUUCAAUUUAUACUGUGUCUAAUUUACAACAAAUGAGACAAAAUAUUUCUUAUCUCUCUCCUCGCCUUUGACUAAGCAGGCCUGUCUCUUAAGUAGACACGUUUUCUUGCCAUGCUUUUUUGAAAAUAACAACUUAGGGUAAUAACAUAGAGUACUAAAUUCCAAUAAAGCUAAUUCCUGCCAGAAAUAAAAGGUGUUUUAUAUUAAACAUAUGUAUGUUGGAAUUUAUGCAGUUCUGAUCGUUGCAGGUCUGUUUUUCAUUGUUAGGUUCGCAUUGACUGGAUAGAGGAUGAAGCUUUUAUGAUGAAGCAAUUACAGUGCUUUAAAUUUUUGCCCCUUUACAGAUUUCUUAAGUGUUUACAGUUUUUCUAGCAUAAAUGCCCAGUCUAAGGUCAUUCCACAGCAUCUUUGUUGGACUUAAAUCUAGACAUCUACUAGGUAUGUCCUCGAAACUCUCUCAUGGGUUAAGAUUGGAAAGUCAUUUUUGCCCAUUCUUUUAUUUUUAUUGCUAAAUCAUGAGCCUUAGCUGCGACAGUGUUCAAAUGAUUUUCUGUUGGGGUUUUUUUGUGACCUCCUGGAUGAGCACUUGCUGAUCUCUUGGGGUAAUUUUUGGUUAGCCAGCUACUUCUGGGAAGUUUCUUCACUGAUCUAUGUCUUCUUCAUUUGUGGAUAAUGGUUCGCACUAUGAUUUUCUGAGAUCCUGGAGCCUUAAAAUGGCUUUGUAACCUUUUCCAGAUCUAUUGAUGUCAAUAACUGUGUUUGUGACUUGUUCUUGAAUUUCUUUAAAUCAGGGCAAUGUCUUACUUUCUGAGAUCUUUUAGCUUCAUGUUGUCAGACAGGUUUGUAUGGAAGUGAAUUCCUUAACUGUUAUCAAAAGUCUUUUGACUGAAUAGUUAAGUGUGUCUAGAAAGCCAAACCAUAAGAAAUCUGUCGGGAGGCAAAUCCAGUUUACAGCACUGUUAAACUGAUGUAGCAGCCCAGUGGUAUUAGUGUUUACUUUGUCUUUAAUAUAUCUAGUCCCAGUUGAACCAGUGAACCCAUUGUAAUUUAAAUCAGAUGAUUUUCCUAAUUAUUUUUACAAAAGUAGAACCAUUCAGACUUCUUGGUGGGUUAUUGGAUUUUCUCAUUGGAUGGCAACCACAUGUUUUGGUUUGCUAACUUUAUCACAGACACAAUCUGUUCAACUUGUCACCCGUGAGUCUAGUCUAUAUCUAAGACUACAACAGUCUUCUUUCUGAAAUAUAUGUAGUGAUAAAUAAGAAAUAAAAGAAAAUUUGUCUUUGUGAUAGUUUUAGUGGCGUGCUGCCAAACACAAGUCUUUGGUGGGAUAGUGAAAUGUUACUGCACUAUGAAUGUUUCUUUUGUAAUAAACUAAGUUUUCGAUCUGGAGAGAAAUUAGGAUUAAAACAUACCAAUGUUCUGUUUAUUUAGUUAAUAUUUUUAUAUACAAUCCAUAUAAAAACAUGAAAUGACAAAACAGUUAAGCACAAUGCCUGAAGGAUUAGACUGAUUGGUCAUGCAGACCAGUGAUUGGUACAUAAAUGCUUCUUUCAGCAAAGCACCAGAGGGUCUAAGUAAAGGACAUGUACAUCUAGGUAGAGGAUCAUCUGACAGUCAAAAUAGUAAGUAAAUAAUAUAACAGAGUACUUUCAUGUGAGAUUUGAUUGAAAAGGAAAAAGCAUAAAAAGAAGGGCAGAUAAUUCAGCUUCUUUAAAUUCUUUAAAAUGUAAAAACACAACAGAAAGACGUGAGAAGAAAUAGACAAUUAGCAGUCACAUGGAUUGAAGAUGGAAAUAAAAUCAGUCGAUGAUCAUCCACUGGGUGACUGACGAAGGCCUAGAGAUACCUGUGAAUAACAGUAGAAGAUGCCUAUGUGAAGCCAAGCUAUGAACAAGAUCCCCCCUGCAAAGUCUGUUUUUUAAAGAAAAGACUUUGUGAAGAAGCCAAAGAACACACUAACUGGCCUGAAGAGACAUGGUGCAACAUGGGAUAGACUGAUGAAGGCAAGAGUCUUAGGGCUCCACUCAGUUCAUCAUAUAACUCCUAAUCCCACAAUACACUGUGAAGCAUAGUGGAUUAGGUAUCAUGCUUUGAACUUGUUCCUUAUUGUGUCUGGCCUAUUUAUCACAUCAAUCAGGUCAAACGCAUAAUAUUACUUUUAUUUACAUAGCAUAUUUCACAGAUAAAUCACAAAGUGAUGUCAUCUCAGUGAGAAGAGGAAAUGUCCUUCUCUGGUUUUAACAAUAUGUUGACGACCCUACGCUCUAGAAACAAUGCUGACUCUAAGGCAAAACUAAAAAGUCCAGAGAAGUGUGUAGGCUCCAUGUAACACCAAUUUGUUUGGUCACCUUCAAUCUGCUGCUUUAAAAAUGCUCCAGGAUCUGACUGGUGACACAAACUUUGUGGAACAAACCAGAGCUAUGUCCAAAAUAAUAAAUAUGUGAACCAAUCUGGGGGAAUUUCAAACAGAAUGAUGAUGAGUCCCAGUUUAUUUUAAAACACAUCCACUUUUAUAGACUUUCAGACAGCACAUAUUCUGCAUUAUAUUUGGCAUUCCCCAACAUAUGGCUCUAAGUUUAAACACAGUAUUUUUCAUAUGUACAUUCUUUCCAUAUUUGGUAUCCCAUAGCCUGUGACUUCACCUGUCUUUAAGAAGGUUCAGGCACUCAUGCCUGGCCUUUUUGGGUAACUCCUAUCCAAUAACUCUGGCUUAGAAAUGUUGUCCAAACCCAUUCUGAGGCAUCAAGAUGUGAUGUAUUAUCAGACACAAUGUUGUUUUCAGAGAACAGUGGUUUCACAGAUAAAUAUUCAUCCAGUGAUUCACGGGAAAAGCUAAAUCUUCAAGCAUUUUUACACAGCAAAUGAUUGAGUUUGGAAUUAAAAUUGCCUGGCAGCGCUGUUUUUGGUGCAGCCGAAUGUUCCUUGUUCCUCGUGUUCCCCAAAGGACAGAACAAAUAUGAUAAAUAUUUCUUCAUGUUUUCCUUUGUAGAGUAGAAUGUGCAGUGUUCACAUCGCUCCAUUUGCUGUAAAAUGUUCACCUCAUCUGCUGUGAUGUAGCACAACAUGAUGCAAAGCUAAAAUGCAGCUGCAGACUGGCUUCUUCUAACCCCGAUCAAGCUCUGUCAGGCGGCCCUGGUCAAACCUCUGGUGCUGGUGUGAGUUUAAACCUGUGAACUGGUGUGCAUGUUAACCAAAUCAUGUCAGAAUCAGGUCAUUAGUUCUGGGUGUGUAGCUUCCUGCUUAGAGGUUUCUUCAGAUAGUGAGAGUACCAACACAGCUAAUAAUUCAUCAUACAUGGAACAUGGAACAUGGAAACCACAAUGGUUUCCAUGUUCAGAAUACACUACUGUAACAAUUGUAACAUCUGAGAUGUAUUUGCUUUGUGUAGGAUUACAUAUGUAGCAAUUUAUGAUGAGUUUGUUGUCAACAGAUUUUGUUGAGAAUUAUUUAGUAUACUUUUAUGGUCACACCAAAAACUAUGUAGUCUUCAGUAAAUCUGAGACCCUUCCAAAUCCCAGCUGAACUGUGUGAUUUGCCCACACACACACACACAAACACACACCAUACACGCAAGAGAGGUGUCUCCAUGUAACAGUGGACUCACACCCCAAAGGAUAGAAUAAGGUUUGUGCCAGCUCCAUUUUACCCUCUGGCCAUCUAACCUGUUGAUAAAGACACAUAAACAUUCAUAUAUUAUUAAAAUCAAUUUUUAUUUGUUUUUAUGUGUUUUAACACUUAAAGUAGUAAUUUUUUUGAAGCUGUGAAGACAUAGUCUGAUAAGAUGUUUUUGAUCAAAAAUGAAUAAUAGAUCAAAUGUCACCAAAUUCUAAAUGGAAUUGGCUUUCUGUAGAAUGGCACCCUUCAAAUCAAAAGGAAAUGCUCUUUCACACAUACCAAGUAGCCAAGUGAAAACCAUCUUGGAGCUUUAAAUUGUUCCUUUCAUAUAAAAAAAAAACUACUGACCUUCACACCCAUUUCCUCCUGUGAUUGGUGUGAAUGUCACUAUGGAUGUCUUCCUGCACACUGUCCAGAAAUGUGAACUUUCAUCCACCAAUGAAAGCAGUCGUCCUUUUAAUCCUGUCUUACAGUGACUGGUUAUUUUACCCUCUCAGCCUUUAGUUUGUUUGAUUAUCAGACGACAACUUGCACAAACAACUUCCUCCUGUAAACUGCCCGUGUGUAGGACCACUUAUUUUAGCUUUCUACACAUGUUGCCAGAUGUGUUGGUCAGUUCUGAGUGUUCAACAUGAAACUAACAUACAAGAAUCAUUUUGUUUGAUCAGUGACCAAACAUGGACACAUUUAGUUAACCCAUGUUGGUCCCAUUAAACGGGUUCCAGUACUGAACCCAAUUUUACUCAGCUAUUCCAGCACACACACUGCAGUGAAUAUGGGGUUAGGGUUAGUGACAAAGAUAAAUGUGAAGACCUGAAAACCUUUCUCUUAGAUUCUGUGAUCACAUUAAAUGGUCUAAAUGUGUUCAUGCCGUUAGGUUAUCUAGACCAGUGUUUCCCAACCCUGGUCCUCAAGCCACACUGUCCUACAUGUUUUAGAGGUUUCCCUGCUUUAAUG